AUGAGAGGACUCCCAUGUUUAUUUUUGAAUAAAGAUGGGAAAAUUGACUGCGAAGCAAUGAAGUUUUCGGUAACCAGCCAAGUAACAAUCGACGAUAUUAGUUCUCAACUCUCGGCUUACCAAAUCUUUCCUUGUAACCCAGCUACUCGGUUACCUUUCCAAUAUAUUUCUAAAUUAAAAACUUGUCUCAAAAAUACAGCCUGGCUGUUUUCGGAUGUCCGAAAAAAAGAUGCACUGGGUUAUAAAGUCUAUACUCAUCAUGAUUUUGAUUUAUCGGACGUAGUAUUAAAAAAAAAUCUGGACUUCUCUAUUCGUCCUUGUACAGAAAAAAUAUUUUCUGAUUCUCGUUUACGUUUUGGAGUUGUGGAAAAACAUGAUUUAAUAAAUAGUAAAAACCAAGCGUAUAACUGCUUACCAACUCACUAUAACUUCGACUGGUUAGGAUACAUAGAUGAAGAAAAAAAAUGCUACAUGGGAGGGGAAAUUAUUUCUCGAGCCUUGAAUACUUUAGUACAACGCCAACGUUUAGCUGUGUUUCAUUUGAAUGCACCCAUUUCAAAAAUACCGCAAUCAUUACAUUUAUAUCGUCAGGGAAAAACAUGCCAAUUUCCAGUCGUUGCGCUUGGUGUCCAAACUAUUGGUAUCAUUUUAAAUUGUCGCCGACUCGCCAGAGAGCUCGGUUCAGAUAUAUUCACAGAUUCUUCCCUUUCUAUAACAACCCCUCAGUCAUACCUGGAGCUACUUUUUCAAAUAAGCAAACUUAAGACUAUCGUCACAUUUGGCGAAAACCAUCCUCCUGUAUCAGCCAGCCUUGUGCUUAAUGACCAACUUUUAUAACGCACCUUUAGCAAUCAUAUAUUUUUUCAACAACAAAUCAGCAUAAGAAUAUACGUACCCAGAUAAAUACUUUUUUUAGCUUAAAACACAUAUUCUGAUUUGUAAUAAUUUCGGAAUUUAUUUAAAAAAUUGACCAAUCCUAUAAUAGAUGUAGUGUAAACAAUUUGAAAGCAUUAAAAAAGUAUUCUAUAAAUAACAACGUUUUUUUAAAUUAAAGAAAAAGUUUUCUUCAAUUUAAUACCAGCUGCCUGAGAAGAAAUUUAGCAACGUUG